AAUAAGACUACUCGCUUUAUCUCUUCACCCUCCCUCCUCCUCGAUUAUCCUCAAGCUCCCCUUCUUCCCUAUCGUCUCUAAUGUUGGCCUCCAUUUCGCCGUCCCCCUCCCUCUCUCCCCUCCUCCUCCAAACAAGAAGAACCCAGCUCUCCUCCUCCUUCCUCCCUCCUUCCUCCUCCUCUGUUCUCACCCCUUCUUUCCUCAAACCCCACUCCCGCCCCAACUCCCCCCGCAGACCUCUAACAAUCAAAGCCAUGGCCCCAAAACCCGGGGGCAAAACCAAGAAAGUGGUUGGACUUAUAAAGCUCGCGCUGGAAGCGGGAAAGGCGACGCCGGCCCCACCGGUGGGCCCGGCGUUGGGUUCGAAGGGUGUGAACAUCAUGGCCUUCUGCAAGGAGUACAACGCCAAGACUGCGGAUAAGGCCGGAUACGUGAUUCCGGUUGAGAUCACGGUGUAUGAUGAUAAGAGCUUCACUUUUAUUUUGAAGACUCCUCCGGCUUCGGUUCUGCUGCUGAAGGCUGCUGGAGUGGAGAAAGGCUCAAAAGAACCGAAGCUCGAGAAGGUAGGCAAAAUAACCAUCGAUCAACUACGUGCAGUAGCUCAGGAAAAGCUGCCUGAUCUCAACUGUACCACAAUUGAGUCCGCGAUGAGAGUUGUUGCAGGUACAGCAGCAAACAUGGGCAUAGACAUUGACCCUCCAGUGCUGGAACCCAAGAAGAAGGCAGUGUUGUAGAAUAAAACAUUAUGUAAUUAGUGAUUUCCUUUUGUGCUUGGUUUAAUUUGUAAUGUUGUUGGUUUUUGACAUUUUUGUACAUCGGAAGUUGCUGAAGUUGAGCAGGAGCUUGUAUGCUUCUUUGAAUGAACUUUACUACACUUCUCAAAAUUGCGAGGCAUGGUUGUGUUGAGCGUC